AUGAUCUCCAGCCUCGGCUGGCGCGCCCUGGCGCUCUCGCUGGCAGCCCUCCCCCUCGCCCACGCCGAUAUCUGCUCAACCCUUGAAGAUGCCGGCAUCGAUGUCGAAUACCCGAUCUCGAUCAACUAUAACACCGACCUUACGAAGUACUGGUCCGCGGCAUGCGGAGAUCUCAAGCCGACAUGCAUCGCCGCCCCGUCGAGCGCGUCCGAAAUGUCACACAUUAUCACGCAAUUACACGACGUCGACACACUAUUCGCGGUCAAGUCAGGAGGACAUAUGCCCAACAACGGAUUCGCCAGUAUCCAGGAUGGACUGUUGAUUUCGACCAAGAAUCUGGAUCAGGUGUUUUAUCAUCCAGAAGACCAGACUGCCGUUAUCGGACCGGGUCUGUCGUGGGAGGAGGCGCAAAAGGGCCUGGAUGAUGCCGUCGGCGGACGUGCUGUGGUGGGAGGUAGACUCGGAGGCGUUGGGAUCGGAGGAUAUAUGCUCGGAUGUGGUAUGAGUUUCCUAAGUACUCAGUAUGGCUGGGCCGCCAACAACGUGAAGAAUUUUGAAGUUGUGCUUGCCAAUGGCACGAUUGUCAAUGCCAACGCGGACGAAAAUACAGAUCUCUUUGCGUCGCUCAAGGGUGGUGGUAACAAUUUUGGUGUUGUUACUGCGUACACCAUGCAGACACACCCUCAAGAGCACAAGGUCUGGGGUGGGAACUAUGUCUUCACUGCCGACAAGACGCCGCAGGUGCUCUCGGCCUUGCGCAACUUUGUUGACGAAUACCCCGACGACAAGGCCGCUAUCAUCCUGACUUCGGAGCACGGCGCCGUCAUUGAUUUCUGGAUCAUGUUCCUCUUCUACGAUGGACCCGAGCCGCCUGCGGGAGUCUUUGAUGAAUUCACUGCUAUUGACCACACCUCGACUACAAAGACCUGGGAUACCUACUAUGACCUGCUCAAAAACAACGAUUUCUUCAUUCUGCACGGCCAACGCUACACGAUCGCCACCGAAACCACACCCGUACCCAACAAGACGGUCGGAUCCAGCGUGCUGCAGGAGUACUAUGACCACUGGUACAACGUCACUAAGGAUGUCCUUUCAGUGACCGGAGUCCUGGGAUCGAUUGCCUUCCAGCCAGUCCCCAAGACAUUUUCUCAGAAGGCCAAGGACCGUGGCGGUGAUCUGCUCAACGUCCCCACCGACCAAAACUACAUCUUCAUUGAGCUAGACUUCUCCUACGCGCUCUCCGUCGACGACGACAAGAUCGAUCAAGCCAACCAGAAGCUCUACCAGGGCAUGGGCAACCUCGUGCAGAAGAACAUCGACCAGGGUCGACUUCCAGACGUCUACAGACCACUUUUCAUGAACGACGCCUACUACCGCCAGGACUACUGGGGACGAAUCGACCCAGCCUCAAAGAAAGAGGCGCUGCAGACCCGUCUGAGGUACGACCCUGACGGCUUCUUCCAGAAGCGGACGAGCGGCGGCUGGCGACUGGAGUAG